CAAUGUGUAUCAGUUAUCUGAAAGACACAAAGAUGCUUCUUUCUUGUCUUCUCUCUGCCACUCUGCUUGUGCAAGCGGCACUAUGUUCCCCUCAAGGAGCCAGAAUCGAUCCUCCAGCCAAGGAAUAUCUUAAAGAUCUCCGCUUUACAAUUGGAACUUCUGAAUACUUAUUCCUGACUACCAAGACCGAUUGGUACAAGGCAAAACUCAACUGCAAAGCCCAGGGAAUGGAAUUGGUCAGCAUCGAGUCUGCUGAGGAAAACGCUGGCUUGACUGCACAACUGCAGGCGUAUCCAUACGAAGAAGCUUGGACUUCUGGAACGCGACUUGGCACACACAACAAUUAUUACUGGGAAUCGACCGGCAACUUCUUCGGUCCAUACAAAAACUGGCUAAUUCCUCCUGAAUUCUAUGGGGACGAAGAGUUUGUGUACCUGCAAUCGUACGAAACUGACGGUUCGAGAAAAUGGCGAGAGAAUUCCGCCAACUACCCGACUAAAAUGGCAAUUUGUGAACUUCGCCCGCAAACCUACGACACGUCAAUUAAGAAUAAGCCUGGCAGGUUCACAAUUGAAGAUGGAUAUUACGAAAUCUCUUCUAUGAUGCUCCCCUGGCAACACGCAAAAAAUGACUGCCGCUCCAGAGGAAUGGACCUGAUAAGCAUCGAAACGGAAGAGGAAAACGCUGCCCUGAUCUUGGCUCUUCAGGAGUAUGAAGAGCCGUUCUGGACGUCAGGAAAUCGGUACCUCACUCAGGACUAUUACUGGGAAGCAACUGGCCAACUGAUUGAAGGCACGUACACCAACUGGGCCGCAGAGCAGCCAUCCAUUUAUCCCUGUUUGAAAAUGAAUGCCGACGUCCUGACGCGCCAGUGGUACACAGAAGAAUGCUACAUUGAAUCGAACCUUGCCCGAUAUGUUUGCGAGUUUCACCCCCGCAAGUAAUCAGGAUGAACUGUAGCAAAAUAUGGAAAUUAAAAAUAAUUUUCCUGCACUUCAAACGUUUAAGGAUAUUUCACUUCGAAUGCCUGCAACCAAAUAAUCUCAUGUACUAAGAUAUUCGC